CUAAGGAGGACUGCAUGGAACUAGCUGGGAUUACGUGUUCAGGAAUGCAGACUGGUGGAAUCCUUAGCUUGUGAAUCUGCAAGACCUUAACUUUAAGGUUAAAUGAAUUUUCAACGGUUUUACAGGGAUGAAGAGGCUGCUGCUUUGGAUUCUAGUGGCAGGCAUCAUAACUCAGGCCCUCACCCAGGACUCCAAGGAACCUGCAAAGGAGGACGAGAAUUCGAUGGAUUUUGUCCACCCAAAUAACCGCACCCAGUACUGCCACUGGCCCUGCCAGUGUCCAAAGCGGUUGCCCAAGUGCCCACCUGGCAUUAGCCUGGUGAUGGAUGGCUGUGAAUGCUGCAAGACAUGUGCCAAGCAGCUGAGAGAGAACUGCACGGAGGCAGACACCUGUGAUUACCACAGAGGACUGUACUGUGACUACAGUGGGGAUGCCCCUAGGUACGAAGUAGGAAUAUGUGCAUAUAUGGGUGGAAUUGGUUGUGAACUCAAUGGAGCAAGGUACUACAAUGGUCAAAACUUUCAACCCAACUGCAAGUACAAGUGUACAUGUAUGAAUGGUGCAAUCGGCUGCAUUCCAGUGUGCAGGGAGUCCCGUCCUCCGCUCAUCUGGUGUCAGAACCCCAAACGUAUAAAAAUACCAGGAAAAUGCUGCGAGCAGUGGAUAUGUGAUGACUCAAAGCUGAGAAAGACUGCACCUCGCCAUGUGUCCAUGUCAGCGUUCCAAGGGGAAUCGGAAGUAUGGCACCAGAACUGCUUAGUGCAAACUACACCAUGGAGUGUAUGCUCCAAAUCCUGUGGAAUGGGGAUUUCAACCAGGAUUUCAAAUGAAAACCAUCAGUGUAAGAUGGUGAAUGAAAGACGCCUUUGUUACUUAAGGCCUUGCAACAUUGACAUUACCAAACAUAUCAAGGAGGGAAAGAGGUGCCUCAGUGUCCUGAAGCAGGUGGAACCCAUAAACUUUACCUUGUCUGGGUGUGUGAGCCAACGCACAUAUCGGCCCAAAUACUGUGGCAUCUGCACAGACGACCGAUGCUGCACUCCCCAGAAAUCAAAGACCAUUGAGGUGAAUUUUGACUGCCCUGAUGGUCUGGGCUUCUCCAAGAACAUGAUGUGGAUAAACUCCUGUUUCUGCACCCUAAGGUGCGAGAAACCAAAUGACAUCUUUGCAGAUCUGUUGUAUUAUCCUGACUACUCUGAAAUCGCAAACUAAGUGCUAAGAAGUGCAUCCUUUUGACUAACUGCUGACAAGAAUGGCAAGAAUGCUGGAGAAUAAAUGCGAUUUUGGCCUGAAGUAACAAUGCAAAUCAUGUACCUGUCAUCAAUUGCCAGAAAGAUACAGGUUCCAUAUCUCAGCUUUGAGGAAUUAUCAUUCUUGACAAAAUAAAAUAAAUUUAUUUAGUGAAUUAGAAUAUUCAAUAGAAUAUUUAAAGAUAUUAUUUACUGAGGUGUUGCAAGUUCAGUCGGUUGAUAGAUAGCUGGUGUUCUAAAGUCUCUUUUUCAGAUUUUCUCAUUUGAUACCAAUCUGAGUAUCGCAAAAAAGAUACAAAAGUUAGGGGGAAAAAAAUUCAAGCAUCAACAAAGCAACUUCAUUCCUUCCACGUUGAAUUUAAACUGAACUGUUUUCCUCUGGUCAAAUAAAGGAUUAGGAUCCAAUGGCAAUAUUAAUUUCCAAAGGUGUUAAUUUUGGUUUGCUCAUUCCACCUCUGUCUGCAAGACAUCAUGGGUUUCAAGCAGCACUCUAAUGUAGCCAUGGCAAGCCUCAGGCACAUGCAAAAAUUUGUUGGCAUGCAGCAUGCAGUGCCAUCAAUUGAUUCUUUAAACCCCAUCCAUAAAUAAAAAAAUACAUAAUUAUCCUUACUGCCAAAUGAAGCAGCAAAUGUUUAUAACAACCCAAGAACAGUGAGAUAUCUUCACAGUAAACUUCUCAAACUGGUUUGGUACCAACCGGAUGGUUGCAAGAACACAGGACAUUGGAUAAUACAUUUUGAAAUCCUCCCAACCUGGUAUAUACAUCAGCAUUUAGAUGGUAAAUGGUUAGAAUAACAACACUCUUUAGAUUAAUAAUAAUAAUUUUAGGAAGUUUUCUAAAAUGCUUCAUUUAUUUCUGGCUGUCGGCUAUACUUUUAUUAAUAUUAAAACAACUAAUAUACAUAAACAGGACAUUAUUUUUCCUUCAAGAAAGCUCAUAAUUAUUUUAUUUAUUCAGUAAUCAGCAAUACUCUCUGCAUAAAAUUACCAUGGUGCUCAAGUUUUCAGAAGAAUAUUGCUAUUUGGGCAUACAAUCUCAAAAACUUUUGCCACACCUGCUCUUGUGUGCACUGCAGGUUGCCAUUUCACUGGGACAACGAUGGACAAGAACACUGUAGAAGUGCUAUUUUUCUUGUGAAAUAUCCAAUAUUUAGGACAUCAAAGACCAUAUUCUACUACUCUGCAGAAGUCCAAAGAUAAUCCCAGUGAAAUAUAUGCCUCAACACUUAAAUACAAACUUUCCUAUUAUUGUGGUCUGCAAAUUGAAUUAUCUCAGAUAAAGGAACUGCACUUCAAAAGUACUCCAUUGACUGUUGAUUAUUUGAGAUCCUCUAAAAUACUAAAAUGUACUGUGCAAUUGCAAUUAUUUGUAAGAAGACAAAGAAAUUCUCUCAACGCCCCUGACAACAUUCUUCCCUCAAUCAAUAUAAAAAUAUUCCAGUAUUAUUUGGCCAUUCAUCUCAUUGCCAUGUGUUCAACAGUGCGGUGUACCUUGCUGUCGCGCUCAUCUCUGUAACACAUUCAAUGUAUAGUAUUAAUUGGUCCUGAUUCUGGGUCACAACCUAAAACAUCAAUCACUCUUUUACCUCCACAGAUGCUGCUUGAACCUGCUGAGUUAUACCAGCAGUUUACAUUUUCCUACACGCAGUCUCUUGUAUCUUCAUUAAUUUGUAGAUAUUUACAAAUAAUUUAUAAAAGCAUUUAUUGAAGCAUCCAAAAACCUAUCUUCUCUAGUUCACAUGGAUUGGUUGAUUCAAGCUCACCAUCUCCUCCUCAAGGACAAUUAAAGGAAAUUGCAUAUUAGCCUUGACAUUGACAUGCAGAGUUGUUUAGGACUCUAAAGGUUUAUGGGAGACUGCCUGACACAUUGUCACAGUGAACUGUCGCUGAAAGUAUGAAAUAAUUUCUUCUUUUUCUACAUUUAAAAAAAAAUCAGCUGUCUUAACUUUAUGGAAAUUUGUCAUAUGUUGACAGGUUUUCUCAAGUCGAGCAAAAGGAUAAAGUCGUCAAGCUAUUUGAUGCAUGUCCUGGUUGAUAUUGUUCCAGGAUCAGUCUCAACAAUGUAAUCAUCAAUUUGAAAAAUGGAGGGGGAGCAGAGGCAGAAUAAAUAUUGUCAAUGUACCAAGAACUGUGCCUGUGAAUCAUAUAGAGUACAGGUUGGAAAUGUUUCAAGAGAAUUAUGGAGCUCAUACUGUUACUGACGUACUCACAACGAAACAAAGGAUGAAAAAAGACAAGUGUUAGAGCUCCAUUUGCAACAUCUUAGAGGCAGGGAGUAGGAAGAAAUGGGUUAUAUUACUUACUGCAAUACUCACAUCACAAAGCACUUCUUCCCUUGAAAUGAAAAAUUCUUGAACUAGUUAUCUCUUACCUGGCCAAACAAAUCCAUUAUCAGGAUUGUUCUUGUGUGAGGUCAAAGACAGUAUGGAAUAAUAAAUAAUUGAAAUGCACAAGGUUGAAACCGUGUCUCCUGUAAAAGAAUAGUGAUGUACAUUGCAAUUCUGCCAGCAGAGUUAUUGUACACACACGAUUUUAAAUUGUAAAAAAUUAGUCAGGCUUCAUGUCAUAUUCACCGGUGUAAUGAAAAACUUGACACAGCAUCACA